AUGGCGAUGGUUGAACAAAAAAGGGUCGCGGCCAUCCUCGUAUCGACCAUGCUUGCGUGUUGCCUUCUGCUCGACCAGGCGGGCGCGUUCACCGGCGGCAACCAGGCGCCGUACUCGCCGUCUCCGGUGAUCGCCAUCGACUUGGGCAACACCAACUCGUGCGUCGCCGGCUACGGCCACGGCCAGGUCGAAACCAUGUUCCAGCUCUGCAUCCCAACCUGGGUGGCCUUUCCUGGAGACGGUUCCGUCUUGGUCGGCGAGGACGCCAUGAACCACGCCGCCCCCAUCUCCGGCUUCAAGCGCCUGCUCGGGAAGAGGCGCAACUUCGAGCGCGAGGAGGAGGAGGUGCGGGGACUCAUGGCGCGCGUGCCCUACAAAGUCGUAGGCCGCGAACGGCCCCUCGUCCAGGUGAAGAUGGUGGAUGGCGCGGUCAAGAACCUCGGCGCCGAUGAGAUCACGGCCAUGGUGUUCUCCAAGCUCAGGGAGUCGGCCGAGGCGUACCUGGGCCGCGCGAUCCAGGACCAGGAGGCCGUCGUGGUCACGGUCCCGCAGCAGUACAACGACCCAUCAAGGUAUUCGACCUUGAGGGCCGCGGAGCUCGCCGGCCUGCGCGUCACGAGGAUGAUCGACGAGCCGACCGCCGCCGCCGUCGCCCACGGCCUCCACCGGAAGCUGCGCGACGGGGGCAGCGUCCUCGUCCUCCACGUCGGCGGCGGGACGUCCGACGCGAGCGUCAUGACGUACGUGGACGGCGUCUUCGAGUUCAUGGGAGCGGACCAAGAUCCUUUCCUUGGAGGACAGGACUUUGACCAGAGGAUCGUCGACCACUUCGUCAAGCAGAUCAAGGAGAAGCACGGCAAGGACCUCAUCCACCAGGGCGCGCUCGGCAGGUUGAGGACGGCGUGCGAGCAGGCCAAGAAGGCGUUGAGCAGCCAAGACCUUGCCGAACUGAGCAUCGUGUCACUUGUCGACGGCGUCGAUUUCUCCGGCUCGCUCACCCGGGCCGAGUUUGAGGAGAUGAACCAUGACUUGUUCCUUAAGGUCAUGGCAUUGGUGGAGGGUGCCAUGAGACAGGCUGAGCUAGACGAGAACAAGGACCUGCUUGAUGAGAUUGUGCUAGUUGGUGGAAGCACCAUGAUCCCCAGGAUCCGGAGACUCGUCACCGAUUAUUUUGAUGGGAGGAAGCUGAAAAACGUCAAUGCGUCGUCGGUGAUGCCGGACCAAACCGUCGCUCUGGGAGCUGCCCUUCUAGGCCAUCCUACGGCGAAUGGGUACCCAUGCAUGGGAGUCGAUAGGCGUCAGUGGGGAUACUCCACAGACUGGUGUUUUACCCACUGA